AUGCUAGACGAAACUGAAGGUUCCAGAGCGGAGGGGGACGACGAGAUCAACAUCAGCCCCGAGGCUACUGCCAAGGCCCCUGAAGAUAGGCAUGGGCUGCAACAAGGUCCGAGCUCUCACUUCACAGUCGCUGUUGCCCAAGCCGCAUUAACACAACUAAUUGUUGCACCAUGGGCAACUGCAUCUAAUCAUCAGUCCGCCGAGGGCUCUGUUCGUGGCCACCAAAGGCACCCAACUCAGCACGACUUAGUACUCCAGUCGAUGGAAAGAGUGUCCAGCCUAGCAGUCACUUACCUGGAUCUUCAGCAUGAGCUUAUCGAGAACUUCAAUAGCCAAAAAUCACGGAAGAACAUGCCACCAAAGGAUCUCAAAGAUCUGCUGGGUCACAAGUACGAGGAAUACAACGACAAGGUCCGGAAGAUCGAGCGAUUAUUCCACAAAAUCAACAAGAACAUCAUUGUGGAAACGUCAACUGACACUUUGCUUGAUGCUCGUCAGCGGUCCCUCUCAGAGAAAUUCAAUGUCGGACAUGCUCUUAUCUUUAUCAUACUCUUCGCUGCAGCGCUGACUGAAUCGAGUAUCGCAAUAGGACAUAUCGGGCACUCGAGACGCUUUGAGAUCGUUGAGCCGCGAUGUCCAAGACUCGAAGUCAGACCGUCGAAGUCAGACCGUCUCAGGUAUCUGAAAGAUCGUGUUAGUUGGAAGGACGUGAGUGACGAAUCUAUGCUCGAAGUAGAAGCGCUUCAUGAUUACAUUGGACUUCGCAAUGUCAUCCAAAAAACCGCAGUCGUCAAGCUGCCGGGCCUCCGUCAGGAUGGGAAUUUCGGAUACCACUGGCGCAUGGAUCUUGCUAAAGAGCAGCCUAAUCGUGAAAUGGAAGAAGUCGAUUCUUUUGCUCACAUAUUCAAAUAUCGGAGAACGGCAAGUAUUCCUCUGGAACACAAAGAUCUCGAGGGUCUGACUAGCGCUGUUCAGCACUUGGCAGAAGUACGGGUGGAUGGUUUCGGAAAACAGAAAGAAGUUCGCAAGGAGGACUUCGCUCCCGCUGGGAAGCACCGAUGUGUGUGCAAGCUCGACAUCCGCAUCCGCAGUCUCGACGACCCGAGCGUCGGACCACUCCGUGGUGGAGGCAGCGGCUGGGUGUACAACAAGAACACAGUGGUGACAGCAGGCCAUUGUGUCUACAACGCAAAUUAUCGCGAUUACGGCCGCAUAGCUUCUCACGACAUUUGGAUCUACCUGGGCUACUCAGGGAACGUGAUGUACGAGAGUACCGGUGAUUUUGACUUCAGCACCUUCAGCGACCAUAUCACUUACAAAGCUGAUACCUCGAACGGAAAUUCGGGUGGCCCGAUUAUUUGGAGGCAUGCAAGAGGUGGAAAGCCAAGACUAAAAGUCGUUGGUGUACAUUCUCAUGCCUGCAAGCCCGGCACAAUCAACAAGGGAACAUCGUUGUGCCAUGGAAUAUAUGACAACAACAUCGCCAGAUUUGUUUGCACUCUGGACAAAUCGGAGAGUGAACACCAGCCUGAGAAUUAUAUAGUCUCUGAGAGACCUCCACAGACCACAGAUUCAAGGACUCCUCAACUCAUUGAUCUCAUAUAUGGUGAGGAGGAUGACCAAACUCUUCUGAACGCAAGUGACGAGGAAGAGGCAGCAUCACUUAACUAG